CCACUCACUUUUCAAAGCCUCCAAAGUUCAAACGCAACCCACCCAAGAAGAAGAAGAAGAAGAAGAGUUUUCUGUUAAAGAGAUGGAAUACGUGAGGAGAGAGAUGAUGAUCAACGGUGGAAAUUUCUCGAGGAGGAUCGCUUCUGGCCGUCCGAUCCCGAGGCGAGGUCAGGUGAAGCAAGCGAUUGUACUGGUGCUGGCCCACUCAUUCGCUUCUAUCUUCUCUUUAGGUGCUCACUCUCAAGGCUCCAGAUGAAGCAGCUCAUCUAUAUCUGUAGAGAGAGACCCAAUUUUGAUGUUUAGAGAGAGAGAGAGAGGAUUGUAUGUACAGUGUAAAGUUUGCAAGCUAAUAUGAUGCUUCUCUUUUCUAUAAAUUAUACUUGCCAAUCUUGACUCCUUCAGUAUAACCUCAAAUUGAAGUUCGAAAAUUUGAUAAACGAGGUGAAAUCAAAUUUGAGUAAUAAACCGAGUUUGAAUUUGAUUUUCGAGUUUGAACAGCCAAAAGCUUAAUUCGAUGCGAGCUGAAUCAAAUUUGAGUAGUAAAUCGAGUUUGAAUUUGAGCAGGCAAAGCUCGGUUUGCUAGAGCUGAUGAGUGAGUUCGAGCUGAAAUCAAAUUUUAGUAGUGAACUCAGUUUGAAUUUGAUUUUCGAGUUUGAUUGAAUUGUGUGGCUAAAAAGGACUCGGAAAUUAAUGGGAGUUGUGAGUCUUCAUCUUUCUGAAAAAGUUUUAGCUCCUAUCAUGGUGCAACUUGGAUUAAAAUAUUCAAAAUUUAAUUAAAAUUUUGAAUUAAAUUUUAAUCUCAGUAUCAAUUAGUCCCACACACCCAUUUGUUUAUUUGAAAACACCACAAGGUGUUUGUUUCAUGUAUUACAUAAAACAUUAUAACACUAUUAAAUAGAGAAUUUAACUUAUUUAUAUAAUAAUUAUUGCAGAAUCGUGAAACACUGAACGAAGACACCCUUUAUGAGCUAGCAUUCUACCAACUAGUGUAGACUAACUUCUGAUAAACUCAGUCGUCGGAAAAUUCAUCUCCGAUCGCCAGCGAAGAUGAAAGCCAUAGUGAUAACGAGUCCCGGUGGCCCAGAAGUGCUUCAACUACAAGAAGUCGAAGAUCCAGAAAUUGAAGAAGACCAAGUGUUGAUCAAAGUGGAAGCCACCGCUAUCAGCAGAGCCGACACGCUUCAACGAGAAGGCGGACACCCACCACCCAAAGGCGCCAGUCUGUACCCUGGACUCGAAUGCUCCGGAACAAUCCAAGCUAUUGGAACAAACGUCACUCGCUGGAAAGUCGGCGAUCAGGUAUGCGCUCUUCUUAGUGGAGGAGGGUAUGCCGAGAAAGUAGCUGUUCCUGCUGGACAAGUGCUUCCUAUUCCACCCGGUGUAUCUCUGAAAGACGCUGCUAGUUUUCCUGAGGUGGCAUGCACUGUCUGGUCAACUGUCUUCAUGAUGAGUCGGCUAACCGCAGGGGAAGCAUUCCUGAUACAUGGGGGUUCUAGUGGAAUUGGUACAUUUGCAAUUCAGAUAGCUAAAAGCCAAGGAGCCAAAGUAUUUAUCACAGCAGGAAAUGAGGAAAAAUUAGCUUUUUGCAAGAACCUUGGGGCUGAUGUUUGCAUCAACUACAAGACGGAAGAUUUUGUUGCUCGUGUGAAGGAAGAAACAGGAGGAAAAGGUGUUGAUGUUAUACUUGAUAAUAUUGGGGGGCCCUACUUUCAGCGAAACCUUGACAUCCUAAAUGUUGAUGGGAGGCUUUUUAUUAUUGGCUUUAUGGGUGGAACAGUAACAGAAGCAAGCCUUGCAGGCAUGCUUGCAAGGCGCCUCACAGUGCAAGCGGCUGGCUUGCGAAACAGAAGCAAAGAAAACAAAGCUCUGAUCGUUGGUGAGGUGGAGAAGAAUGUCUGGCCUGCAAUCAUUGCAGGCAAGGUGAAACCCGUAGUGUAUAAAUAUCUUCCGUUAUCUGAAGCAGCAGAGGCUCACCGGAUCAUGGAAAGCAGCAAACAUGUUGGAAAGAUACUCCUCCUCCCAUGAUUUGAUGAUUUAUCUCGGCGAAUGAAAGGAUUUCAUUCUUCAGAUGAGCAUGCCCUGUUCAAGAACGGGUUCUAUUCUCUGUCCAGAGAACGAAAAGCACCGGUUUUUAUCAGAAUAUUGUUUGAAUAAAUAUCUGGAUCCCUGUUUUUCCUACUGUUUGUCUACUACAUUCUGGUUAUGAAAUGAAAAUGAAACUAUGGUUAAUAAGUUGCUUUUUGUCAAUUGAAAGUCCCUAAUGUAACUCUGAUUUAUGUGCAGUAAGGAUGCACUUGCAACA